AUGGAUUCCACCACCGCCACCGCAAACCUUCCGGCAGCGGAAGCUAAAAUAACCACCACCACCCCUCUGAUUCCCCCCAAACCAGUCGCCUUAGCCAACCCGAAAGUCAGUGACCGAGAUUUCCUGACCCACCUCGAAGCCUACCUCUCCAAACGAGACGGCGUCGACAAGCUCCUCAAGAUCUCGCGGUACGCCGCCAAGAUCAUCCUCUCCUCCUCGAUCCUCCCCGAAACCCUAAUUCUAACCACCCGCCUCAAGAGCUUCGAGUCCAGCGUCGGCCUCAGCCGGAAGGCAUUCCGCCUCGGAAAAUUCGUCCAGGACGUCAAUUCCCUCCGCCGCGGCGGCGGCAGCUCCUCCCACUUCCACUCCCGAAAGGAAUUGAUCCUCUCCAUCCUCGCCUACGGCGGCGAGGGAAUCUACUACUUCGUCGAGCAGUUCGUGUGGCUGUCCAAAUCGGGGUUAAUCGACGGGAGGCACGCCAAGAGGUUGGGGAAAAUCAGCGCCUGGGCGGAAUUCGCCGGAUACGUCGGGAGCAUCUCGUUGAAAUUUAGGGAUCUGAACGAAUUGAACGGAGAUAUGGCCGCGCUGUCGUCUACGAUCGAGAUAGCGCACUCGAGAGGGGUUCGGUGCGGCGAGGAAGAAGAGAGGAUGGAGAAGUUGAAGGCGAAGAUGGUGUUGAAGAAGCUGUCGAUCGUUCAGGAUUUCGCCGAUGGGUUUAUGGCGUUGGCUGAUAUUAGGGACGGGAAAGGGAAGCUGUCGUCGCCGUUGUUUUUGUCCUGCGCGGGGCUUUUGUCAGCCAUAAUUAGUACCCAGAAGAACUGGGCCGCCUGCUGA